CUGGAUACUCUGGCUACUUUGGACUCAGCUGGAACAGGUUGUACUCAGCUUGCGUCUUCGGACGCGGUGGCGGACUUGUCCGCAGGGGAGUUGUCCACAACGAUUGUGGGCGCCCCAAAUGACCUCAGCUUGAUUGUGGAUUCAGCUCGGCUCAGUGAAAUGGACUCGAUGGAGGGGAGUGGUACACCGGUAAAGAUUACUGGUACCACCAAAACGGACUAUGGCGAAGAUUAUGUGGACACUCGGCUCGGUACAGGUGAAAGUAGUCGUAGUAGAAGUGGGCUCAAGAUCCCGGUCUGCAACGGACCCAAGCCUGUUAAAGGAUCUAAGAGUUUGUGUGCCUCAGCUGCCUGA